CAAAUGUCAGUGUCCCCUUCACAUUACAUCUGCAGUGCAGUGUUUCGUUUUCGUGCAAUUUUUUUUCGCAACAGUCGACAAUAUCUAUUAGGUACUUCUAUAUCUGAGUGUACAAACAGUUCAUAUACCCCUACAGCUACAGACAUGAGUUGAUAAUGGUUUAUCGCACCUGAUGCAAAAACAUACGUCGUUGUUUAAUACAGCGAAUCAAUAGAAGUUAUGUUUUAAUUGAAUUAAACAGUGAGGGAAUGCCGGUGAAUGGAUCAUGUGUCAGUUGUUUGAAGAUGGAAUACGGUGUGGAAGAGGGCAUCCCGAGAGAAUUCCUCGAAUACGACUUCGUAGCUCAAGAUGCUCUGGAGUUUGAGCUUCAACUGGCAGAGGCACGAGACGUGAAGUUUACACAGCCGCUUUUGGAGCCUCUGUCUAUUGGGUCACAUAUUGUUUGUACCGGCACUCCCUGUGAAGACAUACCAUGGUUUGCGAUAAACAUAGGAUUUGGAGACGACAACGCUCCUACAGAUAUCGCAGUUCACUUCAACGUACGCAUGCCGCAGUGUUACGUCGUGCGGAACACGAAACGACAAAACAAAUGGGGGCACGAGGAAACUACUGCGUUUAGGUUAUUCCCAUUCAAACUAGGCCGUCUAUUUACGAUAGAGGUCCUAGUAGAUGAGAAGGAAACUCUUUGGGCAGUAGAUGGGGAGCACUACUGUUCCUUCGAGCACAGAAAUCCCUCACCACUUAACGCCACGUGGGUGCAGGUUUCCGGCGUCCGAGACGCCACGCUGACUAUAAAGAAGACUGAUAUAUACCCCACUUUAGCGCCUGCGUUAGUUGAGGUGCCUCUAAGGUCCGCAUUAGACGCUCCAGCGGAGAAUGAACCCAGCUGGCGACCGAAUGUCAUCGCCACCAUAUCUAAAGGAAUACCUGAAGGACAUCAAAUUGUUGUACAUGGAAGACUCCGUCCAAUGCUGCACUCGUUCGUGAUAGACCUAAUGGACAGCGCGCGCGAGUGGCCGCUUCCGAAUGUCCUCGCUCACGUGAACGUGCGUGCCUACGACGAGUCGCAGCGAGACAGGCAGCUGGUCGUGCUGAACGCGUGGUUCGGGGGCUGGGGGCUAGAACGCCGACAGAGAACAGCUAGACUCGUGCCUGGUACUAAUGCGACCUUCAGAAUCGUCCGCGGUGGCGGCGAGUGGGCGGUGUACGCGGACGACAUGCUCAUAGGCGAGUUGGAGCACCGCGCCGCGCCCGAGGGUGUCAAGGCGGUGCGGAUACGAGGCGACCUCUACCCUGACACAGUGUACCUCUGUCCAGCUACCUCCUCACCUGUCAAAGAAGACUGCUAGUCUACCAGUGGCGUCUUAAUACCGCGGUUUUCAAACAAUAGGCGCAGUGAAUGUUGUCACACGUACGGCCAUUGGUCGAAGCCCCGCAAUUACUUAGCACUGCAAAUAGUCGAUAUAAAAACCACAGGUUAAAAAUAAGCUUACAGCGCCCCCAUAUAAUAUGACCCUAACGGAUUUUUAAUGGGUAAAAGCCUGUUGGGUUUUUAUAUUCCUGUUCAAACUUUAAAAAGAGAAAACUGGAAAAAUACCUAUCGUCUUCCUUCCAACUUCUUGUGUUCAGUAAAAUCGGAUGUUAUCUCCUUUAUUCUAACAGCUAGCUAAUAGGUGACAUUUAACUGCUCAUCAUCAUGGAGAUUUCAUUCUAAAAACAUAACUAAAAACGAAGAAUUUGAUAGUGUUUUUUUUUUCUACCAAGAUCUGUUGUCUAUUACUUCUAAUUUCAUUAGACUAUUCUGUAACAUUGUACUUAGUCAUGACUUAAUCCUGAUGUCCUAGAAAUAAGCAGACUGGUAAAAAAGUGUAGAUAUUGAUUUGAGCUUGAGAAUAUACAUUUUUGUAACACUGUUAGUAAAUAUAUCAGUGUUGCCAAUGGAAGAACUCACAUUUUACUCUUUUUUGCCUCUAUGCAUAACAAUUUGAUGUGCUUGUGAUAUUUGUAUUUGAAUCUACCAAAUGAUCUAUUUGAUAAAAUGUAAUAUGUUAUUUUUUUAUAAAAGUAAACUUUGAUUGACAAUAAUGGUAACAUAUAUUACGCGAGUUACUUGUUGAUUCCCAUUUUAAAAACGGGAUAACGUGUUACUGAAAAUCAAACUUUAACGCAUGGCCUUUGGUGUUGGUUCAUAUAACGCAAUGCGUGCUCAUGCUACGAGGGUUGUUGAGAAGUAGUUACUUGUUUCAUUUUCUAGAGGUAAAAAUACGGAAUGCUGGACAUCUUAGGAUAGGAAUUUUCUCUAGCGCUAUUGCGUAAAUUAAGUUAAUUAAUUUUAUUUUUGCACAUUUUUCUAAUAAAAAGUUUCAAACAAAGUUUUCUAGGCUAAUUUAUCUCUAUUUUUAAUAUACAAACACUACAUUUUAUUUUUAUAUUUAAGUGUAAAUGAAUGAUUUUGUUAUGUACCUAUCCUACAUUAUUAUUGUAAAGUAUAAAAUAUUAUAGGUAUAUUGUUCGCUUGUUUUGAAACUGAUAACAUGACUUCUAACUCGACUAUAGUUUUCUUUAUUAGGUAUUCGCAAAAUAAUAAACGGCCUAGGUUAUGUUAUUACAAUUAUAAUCAUUGUGAAUAUUUGCUAUAACUAAUUCUCACCAAUUCACAGCGUUCAAAAAUAUAUGUAUAGUUGUUAAUAUAA